CUGAAAAUCAAUAGUAUAAUUAAAAAGUUAACUGUGAAGCAACAGAGUUGCCGUCAAAGUGGAAUCAGAGCAAAAGGGAGAGAGGGAUUGGAAAAUUGAAGGAGUGGCAAAGGAGUGGGAGAGAGGUCAUAAAUAGAUCUCAAGAGGCAGACACAGGCACAUAAAAGCCUUCGAAAAAAGAGCAGCAGGCCAUGCCAAUGAAGUCUGAGCCCUGGAUAUUAUAAAUAUAGAAAUGCCACGACCAGAAGAGACUCAUCUGGAGCAGCUGCUUGUACAGCUGGAGAAGGUGCCACCCCAGCUGCAGCAGAAGUUCCUUGCACACUUUAAGAAGCAGAGCAAUUGCAGCCUAGAGGACUUUGCUGCCUACUUUCUGGCCGCCUUGCGUCAGGAAACGAGUUCAUAUUUCCAAGCUAGGAACUCUGACACACCCGUGCACUCGUUGCCCGGGACUCCCGUCCGCCAGCCAAAGCCACCGUCUAGCGAUGCAUCAAAAGAACUAGAAGAGCAGCAACACCAACAGCUUAAUGACUCGCUCCUCAACCGGAGCACCUGCAGUGUGGGUUCUACUUCGACUCCAGUUCGGCAGCAGGGCCGCAGAUCCAUGCCUGGAAGCGGCAACAAUCAGUUUUGCAGCACCCCACAGACCACCGGCCACAAAAGCAGUGGUGGCGGAGGAUCAGGAGGUGGACACAGUUUUUGCCUGGGUGACUUUAUGGUUAAUUCGUCCAACCACGGCCAGCAGCGAUCCAAAAAGAGGUACCCCCAGCAACAGUCGCAGAAUCCACAUCAGUCAACGGGAGCUGCAUCCGCUGGCACUACACAGUCCAAGCCGCGUCGACGUGUUCUUCCCAUGACCAUUAGCAAGAAUGUCUCAGCCGGCUCCUCUUUCGGAGACACCAGCUCCUUCAGCAACGACAAUAAUCUAUGGCGUCUCUCCCAGAGCAGCGAAAUCUUUGAUAGCAGCCAAGGGGCUGCCUUAGAUAUGGAGGCACGCAAAAUCCUGAUCCUGCGCAAGCAGGAGAUCAAGAGCGAGGCUCCCGUUAAUGUCAGCCAACAGGAGAGCAGGAUACCAGAGGAUGAGGUGUUUCCGCACGACACACUCUCUCUUGAGGAUGUGACCGAUACCAACUAUUUGCAGCUGCUCUCUGCCAUUUAUAGCCUUCUCAUGGACCUCAAUAUGGUGCCCAAUGUUCUGAGCGAACUUAGUUUUGUGCUGCAGUUGAUCAAUAUACGAGACCUGGGACAAUCUCCUGUUGGUACGACUUCCCACUGCUUACCUUUGAAGCGCCUCUCGGAGUACAAGAGCUGCGUUUACUUUGCGUUGAAACUCCUGGAGAACCAGCAGAUGUUACUCCUGCAGCUGGACAAGAAGACGUUGGGGGUGUUGCUGCAAAACGAGAGACUGAACCUGCUGCCACCGGGCAUUGUGCAAAAGCUUGAAGCGUCCUGUCAACAAAAACAAGACCCGGGUCUACCUGUUGCUCUAGACACGUCCUCCACCUCGCAACACAACGUAUAUUACCAUGUGGAAAAGGAUUCACGGGAUAAUUUCCCCUCGCAGAACGAGUUCGGUGCCUUCAAGACACAACGAGAUCUAUUUUACAAGGCCCUGAAGCAGUGGGAACUGGGCCACCUGAAUUGCAACUUUACUUUCGCCUCGGAGGUGGCGUCCUGCAUCCGGGAGAUCUUCAAGGUCUCGGAACACCCGGUGAACAUGGCACACUUCGCCAAGCUGUUUGUCAGCCAACUGCUGAUUUCGGCCACCGAGAACACUGAAUCGCCCGAAGAACUAGGCUUGAAGUUGGACCCUCUCAGACUUAAUCGCUUGGCCCAGCGCCUGGUUACCUCCGACUCCAGUGUGGAGGGUCAGUUUCCGCGGUCGCAGGCCUUCUUUCGUGACUUUAUAGUUCGCUGCUCAUCCAUGGCUUUUCUUGUUCAGCUCAAGCUGGCCCUGUUCGUUCAGUUGCUGCGGUACAACGAUUCUACCUUUGAUUUGUUGCAGUUGACGGAGGAUGCCUGCGCUGAGGAGGAGCAGUCAGCGCAGCAGGGACUUUACAUAGUACGCGUACAGACAAUGGCCCAUAUGCUGAUUCUAGCCAAGUUUUUGGGUUUUGUAAGCGUGCUGCCCUUCAGCGGAACUACGCAACACGGAAAUCCCUCGCCGCCGUAUCUGUGUCCGCAGCAGUUGCAGUUACGAAGUCGCUUCCAGCCGGAUUUUAAUCUCCGGGAGACGUUCGAGCGAUCAAUGCGCAACGGCAAGCUGCUCAUCUCUCUGCCGUGGCUGGUCCAAUACCUUGCCAUGCUAGAUCCGGUCAGCCUGCAUCUACCAGACGCACUAGCAACCCUGGAAAUACUUUACGGAUUAUAUGCUUCGUUGGGUAGGGAGAAAUCGCAGCCUGAAGCAGUGUUUAUUGCGAGGUGUUGUAUUGGCUGGUUGCUUGAUGCACAACCGCAACUGGUUAAUGCCUACUACAGUCACAGGUCAAUCAAGACAACUGGACACGACAGCACUGCGGCCAUUGUGGAGCUUUGCCUAAGUGGAAUCCGCUGCCACGAAAAAUCCUGUGGCCCCUUGCUGGAGGAUCUGCUGCCUGUUGCCUGUCCCUUUCUCCAGGAAUUCAGGAUAAGCGUAACGCCCUCUCGGCAGGCAAAGAGUGGCCGUUUCCGGUAUAUAACCACUCGCCUAGAGCAGCUCCAGCAGGGCAGCAGCAGCACCUCUCUCACCAAGGAACCAUUGAUUUCCAGUGAGCUGACUCCAGCGGAGCAACAGCAGCGAAAGCUGGCCGAAGCCUUCAUGCACUCCCAGAACGCCUCCACCCGCCGACUGAUUGAGUUUGUUACGGAGCGCAGCUUCAAGUGCGUUGUUAAAGAUGCCCAACAAGAGAUCUUGCUCCCGUCCAAGGCCGCAGCGGAUGCCAAGGUAAACGAAAUAUGUUCCGUAAAGCAGAAUGAUGUACUGCAAAAGCUCCAGCACAUCUUCCAGGGGGCCAAAGAACAGACCUGUCAGAACUGGAAGAAACAAGUGCCCAAAAUGAUGGAGAAACGCAUAGCACAGUCACUGGAGGCCCUAUUGCCCGCCAGUACCAAUGCAGUGCUGCGCUCCACCUACUCCCAUCUGAUUCGCGGCCAAGUGCAGACCCAACUGCACCAGUGGCUACAAUCCAGCGUACUGCAGUCCACCUUCUAUCACGGCGAUCUCAAGGAGCUCGCGACCAAAGUGUGCAACUCCAACAAGAACAAGGCGGAAGCGGCAGCUAACGGCGGUGGUUCAAACGAACUUCAGCUCAGCCCGGAUGUGGGCUUUAGCCUCUCCGAGCUGCUGUUACAGCUACAGCUGUGGCUGCACCACCUUAGCUUGCGACCGGAGAAUGUAGGCAGCCGUCAGGAGCUGGCCGAGCUGCUGCGACAGUCUCAGCGUGCGGCUUUACUGCCGCAAUUGCCCACGAUAUUCUAUCAUCUGAUUGGUUCUGGAUUGGUACAUUUACUCCAGUUACUUAUGAAUCGAAAGCCCGACUUCCUCGACGAAUCUGUAAUCUCUGCUAGCUGUGCGGUAUGGCGUUCCCCUCAGUUCAAGGCCAGUGACGCCUACCCCGGUAUCUUUCAAGGCUUGCUCAGCGUACGCUUUGUUCAGGAACUGGCCUUCAAACCGGAUGGAUUUCACCUGCUGGAGCAGCUACUCCGCUCAAUGCUGCUUACGGGUGCGGUGCGUGCGGAACAGCUCAACGAAAUAUUUAUGCCGCUCUUCGCGGAGAACUGGCCACCGUAUGUGUGGAGCACCCUUUCCAAUCUGCUGCAACAGCUUUCGCUCUCUGGGAGCAAUGGUAUAAACGCCGGCGGACUCGACACCUCCGGAGACAGUAAUGAAGACGAGGCCAAGUCACAUCUUUUCAUGGAAAUGCUAGCCGAUCUAUCGCGCGAUCUGGAUAGUUUUUAAGGUGUAAAAUGUGUUGGUUAUGUCAUUUAUCGUUUCUGUUUCGAAUAAAUCGUUCCUUUUUUAUAGUUA